AUGGUUUCCUCCUCCACCAAGUCCAACCUCGAGCGCGAGGACCACGGUCGCGAUGCCGCCUUCAACAAGGCCCUCCACGGCAACUCGGCCCAGGCCCGCGGUGGAAUCGCCGCCAUGUUCUCCAAGGGCAGCGAUGCCAAGAAGGCCGCCGUCGACGAGUACUUCAAGCAUUGGGAUAACAAGCCCGCCGCCGACGAGACGCCCGAACAGCGAGCCGCCCGAACCGCCGAGUACGCGACUCUGACGAGACAUUAUUACAACCUGGCCACCGACCUGUACGAGUACGGCUGGGGCCAGUCGUUCCACUUCUGCCGCUUCUCCCACGGAGAGUCCUUCUACCAGGCCAUCGCCCGUCACGAGCACUACCUCGCCCACAGCAUGGGAAUCAAGGAGGGCGCCAAGGUUCUCGACGUCGGCUGCGGCGUCGGCGGCCCUGCUCGGGAGAUUGCCAAGUUCUCCGGCGCCCACGUCACGGGCUACAACAACAACGACUACCAGAUUCAACGCGCCACCCACUACGCCGCCAAGGAGGGAUUGUCGCACCAGGUCGACUUCGUCAAGGGUGACUUCAUGCAAAUGUCGUUCCCGGACAACACCUUCGACUACGUCUACGCCAUCGAGGCCACCGUCCACGCGCCCACGCUCGAGGGCAUCUACAGCGAAAUCUUCCGCGUCUUGAAGCCCGGCGGCGUCUUUGGCGUCUACGAGUGGCUGAUGACCGACGAGUAUGACAACGACAACCUGCACCACCGUGAGAUCCGCCUCGGCAUCGAGCAAGGAGACGGCAUCUCCAACAUGUGCAAGGUCGAGGAGGCCCUGGCCGCGAUGAAGACGGCCGGCUUCGAGAUGCUGCGGAACGAGGACCUCGCCGACCGCCCAGACCCCUCUCCUUGGUACUGGCCCCUGUCGGGCGAGCUGCGAUACAUCCAGUCCGUCGGCGACAUCUUCACCAUCCUGCGCAUGACCACCUGGGGCCGCACCAUCGCCCACAACGUCGCCGGCCUUUUGGAGAUGGUCAAGCUGGCCCCCGCGGGCACGAAGAAGACGGCAGACAGCCUCGCCCUCGCCGCCGACUGCCUCGUCGCAGGUGGCCGCGAGAAGCUCUUCACCCCCAUGUACCUCAUGGUUGGCCGCAAGCCUACCGCGUAG